AAAAAAUAAUAAUAAUAAAUAAAUAAGGAAAAAGAGAACCAUUAUAAAUAUCGAUGAAAAGAUAGUGAUUCUCAAACCCUUCACUUCAAAAAAUACAUUCAGCUCAAGAAAAAGACAGCAAAUAAAUUUAGCCAUGGGAAAAGAACUAGUGAGAAAACCUCAUGCAGUUUGCAUCCCAUAUCCAUGUCAAAGCCACAUUAGCGCAAUGCUAAAGCUAGCCAAACUCCUCCACCACAAGGGCUUCCACAUCACUUACGUCCACACUGAGUACAACUACAACCGCUUGCUCAAAACCCGGGGUUCCGAUUCCGUGAAAGGCUCGCCGGAUUUCAACUUCGAGACCAUCCCCGACGGCCUCCCGCCAGCCGAGAACGACGACGUGACUCAGGACGUUUUCCAGCUGUGCAUGUCCACGGCCAAGAACUGCCACGCGCCGUUUCUUGAACUCCUUAACAAGCUGAACAAGAAAGCCGAGGCGGCCGGUGACGGUUCUUCGCCUCCGGUGACUUGUAUUAUAUCCGACGCAUUCAUGUCUUUCACUCUUCAAGCUGCUGAAGAGCUAGGGAUACCUAAUGUACAGAGUUGGACUCUCAGUGCAUUUGCGACCAUGUGUUUUAUUCACGUUCCUCAUUUCAAAGAACGAGGUUAUGUACCGCUUAAAGAUGCGAGUUACUUCACAAAUGGCUAUAUGGAUCAAAGUGUUGAUUGGAUUCCCGGAAUCAAAAGCAUCAAAUUGAAACACGUCCCAACUGUAACUUGGACAACUGAUCCCAACGAUCCAUUUCUGGCAUAUUUACUAGACCUAAUGCCUAGAACUUGUAAGGGUUCAGCCACCAUCAUAAACACAUUUGAUGCCCUAGAACAUGAUGUGUUGAAACAGUUUCCUACUUUAGUGGAUCAAGUAUACUCCAUUGGGCCGGUCCACACGCACGCAAAAGUAGUCCAAUAUGGUGAUAAAGAUAAUAAGGUUGAAUCCAUCAAAUCCAAUUUAUGGAAAGAAGAUGACGGUUGCAUUGAGUGGCUCAACUCCAAGGAGAAAGGUUCAGUUGCUUAUGUGAAUUUCGGGAGUAUUACAAUCAUGACUAAAGAUCAACUAGUUGAGUUUGCAUGGGGACUUGCUAAUAGCAUGCAAAACUUUUUAUGGAUCAUUAGGCCGGAUCUUGUACCGGAAGGGGCGGUUCUUCCUCCCGAGUUCAUUAAGGCUACAAAAGGUAGAGGGAUGCUGGCGAAUUGGUGCAAUCAAGAGCUUGUAUUGAAUCAUCCAUCCGUAAGCGUGUUUUUAACACACUGCGGAUGGAAUUCGGUAAUCGAGAGCCUGGCGGGUGGAGUGCCAAUGAUUUGCUGGCCAUUUUUCGCGGAUCAACAAACGAAUUCUCUGUGUGUUUGUGACUAUUGGGGUGUUGGUGUUGAGAUUGAUAGUAAUGUGGAUAGAGUUGCACUUGAGAAAGUUGUGAGGGAGAUGAUGGAGGGAGAUAAAGGUAAGGAGUUGAAGAAAAAAGCAUUGGAAUGGAAAGAUAAAGCUGAUGAGGCAGUCAGACCCGGUGUUGGAUCUUCAUACACCAAUUUGAAUAACUUGAUUCAAGAUGUGCUUCUUAAGCCUAAGCAUAAAUCUUAUGUUUAAGGAAUUGUUUGCAAAGCCAAGCAAAGGGGAGAGAAGACUUGUGAUUCACGUGGUGAAUUUAGUGACUACCAAUUUCAAUUAUGUUUGAUGUAGAAAUAAUAAAUUUGUUACUUGUAAUAUUGUGCAAGAUUUGCUUUCAUGAUUUGAAGAAUUGCAAUGCCUUAUGUAGGCUGGAAUGCGAUUUGAUCAAUUCAAAGGUCGAAUCAGCAAUCUCGUUGGAAAAUAUCAGUAAUUUUGUUGCGUGAAUUAAAAAAAUGUUCACUAAUCUCUAACAUUUCGGAACUAUAAGAAAGAACAUUGUAGAUUUGUUGAAGAGAAAUUACUGAG